CGCGUGUAUUCAAUGAAAAACAAAAAACCAAUGUUUACAUUUUUCUUCCCUUUUAAAAUAUUAAAUCCGAGUAAAACACAAUUACCUAAAUAGUUUAAAAUUGGUUUAGCAAAAGAAUGAUGAUAAAAAAUUUAAGGAAUGUUUUAAAAUCUUUAGAAAAGACUAAAUCUCUUUGCAUGAGUCAUUUUAAUAGAACUAUAAUAUUGAACAAAAAUUUUUGUUUAUCACAUGUGCACCAAAAGAAAAUUGAAAAUCUCUUUAAACCUGUUCCCAUAAAACCAUCCAAAGAUGAUAAUAAUGUCGGUGCAGAAUUGACAGGAAAUGUAAUCGAAAAAACAGAACUGUUAAAAAUUCUUAAUAAAUUUAGUUUAAAACGUGAAAUUCGAUUACUAUGUAUGGAGCAUGGUAUAGAUGAAAUUAUUCAGCAACAAGCGUUUCCAAGUUUUCGCCGCCAUUGUAUUGAGUCAUCUAAUCUUCCUGUUGAUCUUCAUAUUGUAUUAAGCGAUAUAGUUCAAGGAGCUGGUCAUGUGGAUGAUAUUUUUCCUUACUUUUUACGAUAUGCAAAGCUAAUAUUCCCUCAUCUUGACUGUAUGGACGAUUUGAAACAAAUUUCCGAUUUGAGACAACCAGCAAAUUGGUAUCCAUCCGCAAGAGUAAUUAAAAGAAAAAUAAUAUUUCAUUCUGGACCUACAAACUCGGGUAAAACGUAUCAUGCUUUGGGAAGAUUCCUUAAUUCAAAAUCAGGCAUCUAUUGCGGACCUCUGAAAUUAUUAGCACAAGAAAUUUAUCACAAAAGUAAUCAAAUGGGAACACCAUGUGAUCUAGUAACAGGCGAAGAACGAAAAUAUGCGAAAAACGAAGAUUUUCCUUCCAAACAUGUUUCAUGCACUGUUGAAAUGACUUCGUUAAGUAGUCCAUAUGAAGUAGCUGUUGUCGAUGAAAUUCAACAAAUAAAAGAUCCAAGUAGGGGAUGGGCAUGGACAAGAGCUUUGUUAGGACUAAUCGCGGAAGAAAUUCAUGUUUGUGGAGAGCCAGGAACUGCUGAACUUUUAAAACGAUUAUGCGGAACAACAGGAGAAGAAUUAGAAAUAAGAGAAUACAAAAGAUUAACUUCAUUGACAGUGGAGAGUUCGGCGCUUACAACUUUAGAUAAUGUUCAACCCGGAGACUGUAUUGUGUGCUUUAGUAAAAAUGAUAUUUACUCUGUUUCUCGUGAAAUUGAAUCACGUGGAAAAGAAGUUGCUGUUAUUUAUGGUACACUUCCACCGGGCACAAAACUUGCACAAGCAGCAAAAUUUAAUGAUCCAAAUAAUAGUUGUAAAGUCAUGGUGGCGACGGAUGCUAUAGGAAUGGGAUUAAAUUUAAGCAUACGACGAAUAGUUUUUUAUUCGCUUAUCAAACCAACAACCAACGAAAAGGGAGAAAAAGAGAUGGAUGUAAUUUCUGUUUCGCAAGCUCUUCAAAUUGCUGGACGUGCUGGCCGAUAUGGAACUCAGUGGCCGCAGGGAUUUGUAACAACUUUCAAACCAGACGACUUACCAACUUUGCAGAAAAUUCUCUCAAAAUCUCCUGAGCCUCUAACACAAGCUGGUCUCCAUCCAACGGCUGAUCAGAUUGAACUCUAUGCCUAUCAUUUACCUAAUUCAUCACUUAGCAAUCUCAUUGAUAUUUUUGUAUCACUGAGUACUGUUGACGAUUCACUUUACUUUAUGUGCAACACAGAAGACUUCAAAUUUCUAGCCGAGAUGAUUCAGCAUGUUCCUUUACCGUUAAGAGCGCGUUAUGUUUUUUGUUGUGCUCCAAUAAAUCGGAAAAUGCCUUUAGUUUGCGGUAUGUUGUUGAAGCAAAUUGGGUGGCCAUUCUCGAUUCCAAAGACAAUACUUGACUUAGUUCAUCUGGAAGCAGUUUUUGAUGUUCUUGAUUUAUAUCUUUGGUUUAGCUAUCGUUUCAUUGAUAUAUUUCCUGAUGCCAAUUUAGUUAGGGAUAUUCAAACUGAAUUGGAUCAAAUCAUACAACAAGGAGUUUUCCAAAUUACUAAGCUCUUGCAAAAUACUGAAGCUUCAAUUUCUUCACCUUACGCUGAUGAUGACAUUUUUUCAACAAGUCACAAAAAAUAUAACAAUCAUGGAAAUAAGGCGCCUUUAAAAGGUCGUUUGACAGAAAGACUGUUAGCACAAGGUCUUCUCACACCCAAUAUGUUACAGGAAUUGAAAAAGGAAUGGGACCGAUCUUCCACAAGCAGCAUCAACAGUUCCUCAUCGGAUAAUGACUUUGAUGACUCUUCACAUUUAAAAAAACUCAGAAGAAAAAGAACAAAAAAAUAAUAAAAAGAAAGCAUAACAAAAUUUUUCAUUGAAUUCUUAGAAAGUAAUUUUGAAUAAAUAGUAUUAAAAAAAUUAAAAAAUUUGUUGUUUGCGCUAGUGUCCACUUUACGUUGUUUUUUUUUUCUUUCUUUUUUGAU